AUGCAGAUUUUGCCCCAGUCCACCGAUACAUAUAUUCGGCGAAUGAAGUUUGUAGAUCUCCGUGUGUACAACGACUGCUGGGAUCAGUGGACUAUAGGGCUCGGUGUGAGUUUGGGCAAUGUCAUAAUCCAGAAAGGAUGGCGUACCUUUCUUCAUGAUAAUGAAAUAUUUGAAGGGGACACCCUUAUUUUCAGACAUAUUACUCUUAACCUGGGGCUUAAAAUACCCUCCUCAAUUGGGAGAUCUUGUGACAUGGCGGACAGAUCGUUCAUCAUCCGUGUUGAGUUCGACAAAUUCCCAAUAACGUACACCGACAUAUCUUUAUUGCUGAUUUUACCCCCUGCCAUGGUUGCAUACCUUAGGAUGGUGGGGGUUGUACAACUUCGACUGCACAAUGACAAGGGGAACACUUGGAUUGUUGUCGCCGGUCUAAAUGCCGGAAGCGCCAUCUUCCAAGAGGGCUGGGGUAGAUUCCUUCUUGGUAAUGGAGUAAACGAGGGAGACACCAUUUUGUUCAGUCAUGUUGGUUUGCAUAUCUUCAAUGUUUUUAUUUUUGAUGACAAAGGAAACAUAAAAUCCGCUCCUGCUAAAGGUGAUCUACCUCUUAUACAGGUAGAAAGGAUUUUAUGA